UGCUCAUAACCCUCCCACCCGGUCCCGUUUAGGUCUCUGUAGCUCCACCUCCGAGGAAGUGCCCUCGCCGGAGCAGUAGGCUACCACGGAUCUGCUGGCCGCCCCCCUCCCAAGGAAACACUGGCCAGAGGAGAGGCUCCGCCGCAUCGGCUGUAGUUCUUCUCGUCGUUUAUUCGUCUGGUUUGGGUGAACUGCUGCCGCCAUGGCCGACGAAGGCAUGGAUGAACGGUCCCCGUUGCUAUCAGCACCGAACUCCGGGAAUGUCACACCGUCGGGACCGCCUUCGUACCUGCAGGACACGAGCCCGAGAGCUGAACUACCCCCCCCCUACACAGCCAUAGCCAGUCCCGACCCAGGGGGGGUACCCGUCAUCAACUGCCGGGUGUGCCAGUCCCUCAUUAACCUAGAUGGCAAGCUUCAUCAGCACGUGGUGAAGUGCACGGUGUGCAACGAGGCCACGCCCAUCAAAAACCCACCGACUGGGAAGAAGUAUGUACGGUGUCCCUGUAACUGUCUCCUCAUCUGCAAAGACUCAUCUAGGAGGAUAGGAUGCCCCAGACCAAACUGCAGACGCAUCAUCAACCUGAGCCCGGUGAUGUUGAUUCCAGAGGAGCAGCCGGCCCAGCCAGCCCUGCCAGUCCAGCCUGAGGGCACGAGGGUGGUCUGUGGCCACUGUGGAAACGCCUUCCUCGGUAACGAGGACUCUGCCACGCCCACUUCUGAUCUGACUCUCCAUGACAACAGCACCUCCACAGACCAGUGGAUGGAGCUCAGAUUUAACACGCUCGCAAAAUGCCCUCACUGCAAAAAAAUAUCGUCUGUGGGUAGUGCUCUUCCAAGGAGGCGUUGUUGUGCCUACAUCACUGUGGGAAUGAUCUGCAUCUUUAUCGGAGUGGGAUUAACAGUGGGGACUCAGGACUUUGCAGGUCGUUACCAUGCCACCUAUGUGUCCUGGGCGUUCUCCUACCUCCUAGGUCUGAUCUGUCUGAUACGAGCUUGUUACUGGGGCGCCAUCAAAGUCAGCUAUCCAGAGAACAGCUUUUCCUAGACGGACGGACGGACGGACGGACGGACAGACAGACCGUUGUAAAUCUCUCUUUAAGUUGUUCACAUUGUUGUUAUUCUGAUUCUGCUCCAAGGUCAGUCCGGUCCAGUCCGGUCACUCCUGGUCCAAGAGAAAACAGAAAUCCAGCCCUGGUUUUGCAAUUAACUCAAGAAAUCUUUUAAUAUAUUAAGAUCAAUAAUUAAGAUAUUAAUUGGUUCGAUAAAUCAUAAAGUGUGAUUUAAAGUCAUUGAUAUUGAAAUGAAGGAACUUGACUUUUGGUAAAUAUGCUGAUUACAAAGAAAGCCAAGUGGCUGGAUUUGGUCUCCUGGACCAUGGCCCAGGUACUGACUGACUGACUGGUUGAUGGACAUGUUACACAUUUUACGUACUACAUUUUGUUACCAACCAAAUGAGAAGGAUAACUUUUAUUAAGAAAAAUGUUGCCCAUUGCACUACAAUUAUAUGCAAGGAUUCUGUUCAGUUGCUGCUAGUUACCUCAGCUCCAAAAGCUGUCUCUCCUCUCUCUCUCUCUCCAUACUGUAUGUAACCCUAGUAACGCCCUAACCCUAGUAACGCCCUGUAUGUAACCCUAGUAACGCCCUAACCCUAGUAACGCCCUGUAUGUAACCCUAGUAACGCCCUAACCCUAGUAACGCCCGAACCCUAGUAACGCCCUGUAUGUAACCCUAGUAACGCCCAGACGGUAUAAUACUCUGAAAUGAUCCCCCUUUUAACAUCUUCCUCCUUAAAACCCGUGUGUGCCAACAUUGCUGCCCAAGUACGUUUACCAAGUACGUUUCAUGUCCUAGAGUUUCACUAUGCUUUACCUUCACUGUACCCAACUACUUAUCCACUGUGUUUGAAUUGCCUUCUCGUCAUUGGUGGCAGAAUGAGAUGCGUUUUUGAACACACCACUUGAUGGGAAAUCCAGUUCGCAUGUUAUUGUCCGUUUUCUAACCGACACCAGGGUUGUAUAGUUUAUCUGAUUCGGAAAAGGUACUGUCGAUGUUUUGAUCUUCCACCUGCGCUACUAGAAUGUAACCUACUUCCUGCUUACUACCUGAUUUUAGUUUCCUGUAGCCAGUGAAACUCAGCCAGCUGGUGUUGCAGUCGAUGAGAAAUCCUGUUGAGGAAAAGCAAAAUGGGCACAAUCUCUUAACUAAUGUUGUUCUGAUGAUGAAACGGUGUUACGUACUUUAAUUCUGUUGAAACUGUUUUGAAUCAUUUGAAAUAUGAAAUGGGUCUUUUAAAAAAAAAAAAAAGUAUAAUUUAUCAAUAAAAUGAACGGAUGUGA